GCGCGAGGCGGCGGCUGGGGAGAGCAGAGCGCCGCUCUUGGAAGCCCGUCAGGCAGAUCUGCGAUGUUCCGGAUCGAGGGCCUCGCGCCGAAGCUGGACCCGGAGGAGAUGAAACGGAAGAUGCGCGAGGACGUGAUCUCCUCCAUACGGAACUUCCUCAUCUACGUGGCCCUGCUGCGAGUCACUCCUUUCAUCUUAAAGAAAUUGGACAGCAUGUGAAGAUUGGGCAUCACAUGUGAAUGCAUGAUAUGAAGAACCUGCUGAUGGUUUCUACUGCUAUCUGCAAAUGAAUAGUUCCAGAAAGAUGUGAGAGCCUCUUUGGACAUAAAAAUUCUACUAGUUAAGAACAAGUUUGGCUCUAGUAACUGACCUUCAUACCGAAAUAUAAAACUGUUUGGGAAGUUUGAAAUGACGUUUUAUGGUCAUAGUAUACCCUUAUGCCUGUGAUAUUCAGCGUCCAUGAAUGUUGGUGUAAUUGUAAAUAAUGUCAAACUCCAUUUUCUAGCAAGUAUUAAUUAUAAGGGAAUUAUGUCUGCAAUGGCACUGUCUUGUCAGUCAUUUCUGUUUACCUUUUUACUUCUGUCUGGAGUAUAUUUGUUGAAGAGUUCUUAUGAUUAGUUAGGUUUUAUGGAAGCCAGCACACAACCACGGUGACAUUUAAGCACAAGACCGUUAGUCUAUAUUUUUAAUAAACAUGCCAA